AUGGUAUUUCAUAAAGAUUUUUGUGGAUUAAGUUGUGUUAUCUUAACUUAUGCUUCUGUUUUAUAUGCUGAUUAUGUUGUUAUUAAUUGGAUGAUCUUACCAACAUUUAUUGAAUCCCUAUGGGGAACAUUUCAUAUUUUAAUAUUUAAUGGAUUAAUAUUUCUUUCUCUUAUCAGUCAUACAAGGACAAUGACGGCAGACCCUGGUAUUGUUCCAAUACAAAAAAAUAAAAAAGUUGAAGAUAAAAUAGCUGAAAUGACGAGAAAAAAAAAUAGUCAAAGAUUACCUUCCAUUGAUUAUUUUAGUGAUAGUGAAGAGGAGAGUGAAGAUUAUAAUGAACAAAUUUCAAGGAGGCAAUUAAAUGAUGGUAGAUUAGAGUAUAAGGAAGAAUUUAGUGUAUGCCUUAAAUGUCAAUCAUUUCGCCCACCCCGAGCUCAUCAUUGUAGAAUUUGUAAUAGAUGUAUCAGAAAAAUGGAUCAUCAUUGUCCAUGGGUAAAUAAUUGUAUUGUUAUAUUAUCAUGGGUAUAUCAUGAUGAAUAUGGUAGUACGGGUACAUAUGGUCCAUUUGGAGAAUCUGUAUAUCAUGCCAAAGUUCUUCAUACAAUAUUUCUUUCAAUGGAAUCAAUUCUUUUUGGAAUGUUUGUAUUAGCUGUAUCAUGUGAUCAACUUCAGGCAAUUUUUAAUGAUGAAACACCAAUAGAAAUGUUACAAAGAAGAGGAUAUUCAAGAAAAAGAAAUUCAAAAACAAAAUAUCAAAUGUUGGAAGAAAUUUGUGGGCAAAAUAUUAAAUGGUAUAUGUGGUUAAAUCCUUUAUACACAAAUAUUAAAAGAACUGAUAUAAUGUAUUAUCCAAGAGAAUCUAAUGUAUCAAUUGUUUAA